AGGGGUUGGGCAGUGAGAAAGAGGCCUGCGGUAGGAGCGGACGCCGAAGGGAGUAGCUCUCCGGCUGCGGCUGGAAUGUGAGGCGAACGAGGCAAGGAGGAAACGCCGGAGAGAAGGCCGUCGGUGGGGAACUUCUAAUGAAGAUUUUUUUGACUAUCUAAGCACCAGUAGCCAAAUUUUCUGAUACUGAAGCUGUCUGGAUCCAACAUGUAGCAGAUAAUUACUAUGCCACCACACUUGUUACUUCUAGGCCACACUUUUGUCUUUUAAACCUCCUUGUAUAUCAACAGUGAAUGAAUCUUCUUAAUUUCUUUUUUGGAUUUUGUUAACUAAAAUUCAAGUUGGAUUUCAAGUGGUAUUAAUUAAACUGAGGAACAAUGAGUAGUAGUCUUGGAAAAGAAAAAGAUUGUAAGGAGAAAGAUCCCAAAGUGUCUUCAGCAAAAGAAAGGGAGAAAGAGGCCAAGGCCUCCGGUGGAUUUGGGAAAGAAAGUAAAGACAGAGAAUCUAAGACCAAAGGGAAGGAAGCCAAAGAUGGGAAAAAGGACUCUAGUAGUGCACAGCCAGGCGUGGCUUUUUCAGUAGACAACACAAUAAAACGGCCCAACCCAGCUCCAGGUGCCCGUAAAAAAUCCAGUAAUGCUGAGGUGAUCAAAGAGCUAAACAAAUGUCGGGAAGAAAAUUCAGUACGUUUGGACUUGGCUAAGAGGUCUAUACAUCUUCUCCCAUCAUCUAUCAAAGAGUUAACCCAGUUGACGGAACUUUAUUUAUAUGGAAAUAAGUUACAGUCACUACCUGCUGAGGUAGGCUGUCUUGUGAAUCUGGAAACUUUGGCCUUAAGUGAGAACUCACUCACCAGCCUUCCGGACUCCCUUGGUAACUUGAAACAGCUUCGUAUGGUUGAUCUACGGCAUAACAAAUUGAGAGAGAUUCCUCCUGUGGUGUAUAGGCUAACUUCCCUUACUACACUUUAUCUGCGCUUUAAUCGUAUCACUUCAGUGGAAAAGGAUAUCAAGAACUUAUCCAAUCUCACCAUGCUAAGCAUACGGGAGAACAAAAUCAAACAACUCCCUGCAGAAAUUGGUGAGUUGUGUAACCUCAUAACACUGGAUGUAGCCCACAAUCAGCUUGAACAUCUUCCAAAGGAGAUUGGCAAUUGCACACAGAUCACCAAACUUGAUCUACAGCACAAUGAACUUUUAGAUCUUCCAGACACUAUAGGAAAUCUAUCUACUUUGAAAAGCCUUGGUCUGAGAUAUAAUCGUCUCUCAGCAAUACCCAGGACUCUAGCACAGUGCAGUAAACUUGAUGAGUUAAAUUUGGAAAAUAACAUUAUUUCUACUUUGCCAGAGGGUCUCUUAUCCAGUCUUGUGAAUCUGACUAGUCUAACUCUGGCAAGGAACUGUUUUCAAUCUUACCCUGUGGGUGGCCCUUCACAGUUCUCUACUAUCUACGCUCUCAAUAUGGAACAUAACCGCAUUAACAAAAUUCCUUUUGGAAUUUUUUCUAGAGCAAAAGUAUUAAGUAAGCUGAACAUGAAGGACAAUCAGCUGACAUCACUUCCCCUGGAUUUCGGGACAUGGACCAGUAUGGUAGAACUCAAUUUAGCUACAAAUCAGCUCAACAAAAUUCCUGAGGAUGUAUCUGGACUUGUUUCUCUUGAGGUUCUUGUUUUGUCAAAUAAUCUCCUAAGAAACCUCCCACAUGGCAUUGGAAAUUUGAGGAAACUGAGAGAAUUGGAUCUAGAGGAAAAUAAGCUGGAAUUGUUGCCAAAUGAAAUAGCAUACCUUAGGGAUCUACAGAGACUGAUCCUAACAAAUAAUCAAUUGAGCACUCUUCCUAGAGGAAUUGGUCACCUUAUCAAUCUGACACAUCUUGGGCUGGGAGAAAACUUCCUUACACAACUUCCUGAGGAAAUUGGUACACUGGAGAAUCUGGAAGAACUGUAUCUAAAUGACAACCCACAUCUAAACAGCCUUCCUUUUGAACUGGCUCUUUGCAGCAAACUAUCUAUAAUGAGCAUUGAGAACUGUCCGCUCAGUACCCUUCCAGCUCAGAUUGUUGCAGGUGGACCUUCCUUUAUCAUCCAGUUUCUCAAAAUGCAAGGACCAUAUCGAGCCAUGGUCUGACUGAUAUCUUCCCCGAUGAUGUACAAAAUAUAAAUGGCUUUUGUGGUGUCAUUAUGUAUAUAGUAUCUAGGCUACAUGAUGCCCAGUGUGGAUAAAAGAUGGAUUGUCCCAUACACUCUACUAAAUGCAAACUGCACUGUUAGUAUUGUGUAUGUGUGUAUAUAUAAUAUAAUAUAUAGAUUGUAUAUUAUAUUAUAAAACAUAAAUAAUAUAAAACAGGCAAAUUUCAGACCACACGUAUGUAUUCCUGCUCAUAAAGGAAACAUAGCCAUUUAGAUUUUUUUCCCAUUAUAAAUGCUUGUUAAAGUUUUCUUUAGUGAAUUUGAUGGUUAUCUGGAUAAUUUGGGGUACCAGUUCACUGAAAACAAUGUUAAUUAACUGCUGAUCAAUUUAAGGGAAAAUAUUUUUAAAUCAAGCCUUUUCCUGUUGGAUAAAAAGCAAUUUAGUCACACAAAUUAUUUUGUCAUUCCUUGUAGAUCACAUUUUGUGACAAAAAAAAUAUUGGAAUUAUUUGUAUUUUCCUUUAUUCUGGAAAGUCCUUUAACUUAUUUUAAGUUUUAAACAAAUGGUCUUGUAUGUUUACAGUCAGGGUAUGUCACUGGAUUGGGGGUGGGGUGGGAUUUACUCUGUUUUAUUGAAUCUAGAAGUUGUAUUAUUCUGCUGAGGGCUUUUUAUUGACUGAUUCGUAUUAUUUCAAAAAUAUAAACAACUAGUUAGUGAAAAAAAAUAAGUCCAACAGAAGCUUGAGUUCCUUUGAAUUCAUCAGUUAUAAGCAUAUCAUACUGAAGAAGCAAUUAUUUUAUAGUUGCCUCAUUUAGCAUAAGCAACAUUUUUCACUUAAAGAAGUGACAAAUUUGUAGAAAAGUAUCAUGUUCUGUUAAGAUUUAGUAUUGCGUCAAUGAUGGACCUGAAAUGAAACAGAUAAUUGUAAGGGUUUUUCCUGGUCUUUGUGCAAUUAAUGAAUGUGUCUUUUUUGAAACCCUGCAGUAUACGUAAAAUUUAUGGUCGGUUGACAAUGUUAACUCUGGUUUUAUAUCUUGCCUUGCCUUGUACAUCCUCCCAUUAUUAUGGAGUGUCUGCGUCAAAGCACAAUAUCUUCAUGCUGUGCUGUUUUGCUGCUGAACUAAAUGCACUUUUCCCUGUAAAGAUGGGACACUUGCUUCAAAAUAAUCAGUUCAGUACCAUGAUUUAUUCUUUUAACCUCAUCCUAUCAAUCUCAGUAUUAAAGACUGGUCUGUUUGGAAAAAAAAGGACAUUUUUUCAUUUGUAUUUAGAAUGUGAUUGCUCAAUAGAAAACCAUUAAGUGAUUGAAUAGAAAACAUGCGGUUUAUUGUCUUUUUCAGGGCUGUACAAAGGGCUAAUGAUGCUGCAGUGAUUUUUGUUCCUGCACUUGAUUGCUACUGCCAUUUCGAAUUGGAUGCUCACAUAGCAAUUACAUUUGAGAUAAAUUUGUUUCAGUGUCAAUUGAUUAUGAUGGGUUUGCUUAAGGGAUACUAGAAUUAAAAAGAGGGUGUUCUUUAAAUUAUAUAUCAUAGAUGUCAAGAUAAUUUUUUCAUCUAUGGAAAAAAAAUUGUAUUUUUAAUUUUGAUAUUAAUGUCUAUUUGAUAGGCACAAUCCAGAGAUCAUUAGAUAUACUUACUUAUCCUGUUGAAAUCAACACAAUUCACUGAAGGUUUCAUUCAUAAACACUAAUAAGCUCUGAGUAAAUAUUUCUCAAGAUUGUUUUGUAAGAGCCAUUGAUUUUAGUGGUUGUGGAUGUUUCUUCAGAUUGAGUCAGCAUAACUUACUGCCUUCAUCUGUGACAUGAAUUUUAGCAUUCAUUAAUUUUAUCUCUGGCAAGGAAGUAAUCCUUUAAGAAAGGCAGGUACAGAUAUAAACCCUUAAAGGGCUAUUUUAGAUGUCAGUGGAUUUGCAAAAUAUUAUUGGGUUGGAACCAGACUGAACACACAUCUAAUUGGACAGAUAGAAGCAGGCUUAAAAGGAUCUCAUCAAGGGAAUUGCUGAAUUUGACCAGCCUUUGGAAUUGUUUGCUUAAAAAAAAAAAGAUAAUUGAUAACAGUGUCUUUCGUAAGAGUGUCCCUCUUUGUCUCUCAGAUAUUGGGAAACUCCGUGGAGAAACUCAGACCAUAGGUCAACAGGAAACUAAUGUGGAGAAAGGAAUCCAAUCUCAUCAGUUCUAUUAACCAGUAUAGCAGAAUUCAUACCAUCGAUUUUCCACCACUUACUUUAAAGUAAAUAUAUGAAUAUCUAAUUAACCUAGAUACUUGUUGAUAAUGAUGUAUAGUUGCAGCUGACUACAAGCAAUCUGUCUGAAUACUGAAGUGUUAAAAUACAAAGAUGCUUAUAGUGGUGGUUAAAAGAUUAAAAUCUACUUUUUGCUGAAGCUGUAAACUUGUUCCAUUUUAUUUAGUAUGUGUAUAUUUAAUAUGUUGUCCACACGCACUUUUAUUUUAGGUGGAAAUAAUCUUCUUCCAAUGAAUUGUUUCUUUUUCUUCUUAAAGUCAGAGUUUAGCCAUGUGUUAAAAUUGUUCUAGGAAAGAUUGAAAAUAUUUCAGUAAAUUUCUACAGAGUUAAAAGUAGGAUAGUACACUCAUAGUAGGCAGGAUUCACCUAUCACUUAGUGGAAUUGUGGCAGAUUAAAUGUAUAGUUUAAUCUGUAAAUAUAUUGAUGUAAUUGUUCAUGUUGAAAUGAUUACUUGACUAUUUUUCUUUAAAAAAUCACUUGCAUGUUAGAAAUUCUUUUUACUUAUUCACUGAUUUUUUUUAAAAAAAAGAGACUGAAAACAUCUUAAAAAAGCAGUGAAACCUGCUUCAGCAUAGUAUGAUUUAUUAAUAUAAAUCAUAUAUUAGAUUAUAUUGUGAAAUAUAUUCUGAUGGUUGGAACAGAAAUCAUAAUACUCCCAAUUCCUGCUUAGAAACUUGAAUUUGUGAUUCCUGAAAAGUAGGUUCUUGUAUUGGUGCCAUCAAAUUUGAACGGAAGUUCUAUUAUUAUUUGAUUUUUACUGAAACAUUUAAGGCUAUAUCUGUAGAGAAUUUUACUUUCCCGUUUACUAUAUAGGUACUCCUCAAUUUACAACCACAAUAGGGACUUGAAAAUGUAUUGUUAAGCAGUGCGGUUGUUAAUUGAAGCAUCACACGACUGCACCCAAUUUUCUGAUCUUUUUGCUGCAGUUGUUAAGCAAAUUACCUGUAUUCAUUAAGCAAGACAUGAUAUGGCCAUAACUUAGAACUCCAUCCAGCUAUCCCAUUGAUUUUGGUUGUCAUAAACCAGAUAGGAGGCUCACAAAUGGUGAUCACAUGAUUGCAGGAUGCUGUGAUUGUGGUGUAUGUGUGACAGUUGCUAAGCACCUGAAUCAUGAUCAUAUAACUCAGAGAUUCUGCAAUGGUCAUAAGUGUGACAACUAGUCAUCAAUCCCUUUUUCCCUUGUAACUCUGAACAGUCAUUAAAUGAAUAGUCAUUAAGCAGGGACUACCUGUAGAUUUUGUAAUAAUACUCAUCCACCUUUUGGUAAAACAUUAGGAUGUAUCCAACCAAGCCUCUGAUAGUUUCUGAUAGCAGACAAUACAUAUCUUCCAAUAAUGAAGAUUUGUUCAACUUGUUUAAUAAGCUUUGUAUAUAAUAAUAAGCUUUAUAUCUGGAUUUAAUUUUUGGUUUAGUAAAUCUAUCUCAAUUAAGAAACAGUAACUGUCUUUUUCCACAAAAUACAGUUCGAAAUUGAACUUGAGUUUAAAGCUCACACCUCCUAUGGCUUGCCUUUGUUUUUGUGGUUUACCCAUUUUUCCAGUUAUUGGAAAGAAGUUGGCAAAAAGAAACCAACUGGACUCAUAAAAUAGAGACUGUGUUUUGUCUCUGCUCAACAACCCCUAAUCCAAAUAAAUUAUGGCUUAAUAUUUAUGAAUUCAGCCAUACCUUUAUUCAGAAUGUCUAAGUAAAUUUCUUAAUAUAUCUGGAAAAAGCCUCAGCCCUGUUUCAACAGUUGCUGUCAAAUUUUAAUAUUGCAGAAGGAGGUUAUUAAAUAUAUGGGAAAUGAUCAUAUCAAAAAUAUUUAAAUUAUUAAAUCUAAGUUUUGUUUUGGCUUCAAUUUUGGAGUAAUGUCUUCCACAUGUUGUUCAAAGGUCAAGUACAGCUCUUAGAUUAAAAAAAGGUUCCACACCUUUUCAUACCUAUGGAACAAAAAGAAGUCUCCCCUAAUUGCAUGUAAUUGCAUAGUUGUCAAUAUCAUAUACAGUACUUUGUUGGGUGAGUCUUAAGUUGGGGUGCUAUAGUAGCUAAUAGGAUUUUAAUAGCAAAUAGAACAGAAAGUCAAUUUCACUUGCACUAUUGCAGUAGCCUAUUACAAUUAAACAUUUUCUUCAUGAUACUUUGAGAAAUAUAAAAUUCAGUCCUACUACCUAGGAAUAAAUUAGAAAAUAGAAAUACUAAUUGGAACUAUUUGUCUUUUCAAAAUGAGUUUAUAUGUCUUUGUUGUAGAUCAUACUUAGAAUUUUAAUAGAAACUAACAGGCUACAUUCAGGAACAAGUUAAAGAAAAAGAAUUAAACAGUGUCAUUGUCUUAAAAGGUUUUCCUAAACUUCCUUGAUGGCUAUUUAAACAUCUGGUUAAUAAUUUGAAGUUCUUAAAAUGUAUCUUUGCAAAUCUGAUACUGUAUGAUUAUGAAUGAAUUUUUGUUGGAAAAACAGGAUUUUCUCCAAUGCUGUGGCCAAUCUCUACCGGAACUCCCAUUGCUCUUCUGGAAUGCAUCUCAAUCUCAGAGCAUUUUGACUAUGAGGUGAGAUCUUCAAGGUAAUGGAUCACUCUCCCCUAAUUUUGGAGGACAGCCAUCAGCAGAAAAACUGGGUUUGGAAGAGAAUUUUGCACCCUAAAAUAGUUUGCCAGACAUUUCUAAGAAGAGAGAUCUACUUGCAAUCAAGACAAGCAAAAUUUAAAAUGGAAUGUUUCACUUGGGCAAUUUUUGAAACUGAAUCUUGGAAUGGUUUUAUAUUCUUCACAUAUCGGGGGACAGGGGACAUGGGACUUUUUUCUGAUUAUUCAAAAUUCUGAAUGCAAAAGAAAUUUAUAAAGCCAAUAUUGCACUAACUUUGUAUCUUUAAUCAGCAUGUCAGAACUUGCUUUUAAUUAGGUAUACACUUGGCAGUAAUUUGCACAAUAUACCAACAUUAAAAGGCACAUGUAGGACAAUUGACAAUGAUAAUAUCUGCAAGAAAAAUCUGAUGGCUUUUUUUAUUCAGUAAAGAUCUGAAAAUUCUGUUUAUUAUUUCAGUGUUGCAGUCUUAAGCAGAAUAAUACAUAAUUCUGCCUGAUUCUAUGAGUCCACAAUAAUUUGUGAAUUGAUAAUAAAAGCGUGUUAAAACAGCC